GGGUCUAUGAUUGUGGUAGGUUAUCGGAGUUGUGCAUUGUUCAACACCCGCUCAAACAUAAAAGGCGGACUCGGUUGAGAGAGGGGGGAGGACUGUACUUUCUUCCGAUUUUCCCCCAUCUCAGGAAUUUGACAGCUUUGGGAGACUGCAAUGACGUCUCGCAGGUGGUUCCACCCCAACAUCACUGGGACGGAGGCGGAGCAGAUCCUGCUGACGCGCGGGGUCCAUGGCAGCUUCCUGGCCCGGCCGAGCAAGAGCAACCCCGGGGACUUCACGCUGUCCGUCAGGAGGAACGAUGAGGUCACCCACAUUAAGAUCCAGAACUCGGGGGACUACUACGACCUGUACGGCGGGGAGAAGUUCGCCACGCUGGCGGAGCUGGUGCAGUACUACACCGAGCAGCACGGCCUCCUGCGGGAGAAGAACGGCGACGUCAUCGAGCUCAAGUACCCCCUCAACUGCAAGGACCCCACCUCCGAGAGAUGGUACCACGGGCAUCUGUCAGGGCGUGACGCGGAGAAGCUGCUGAUGGACAAGGGCAAGCCGGGCAGCUUCCUGGUGCGGGAGAGCCAGAGCAAGCCGGGCGACUUCGUCCUGUCCGUCCUCACCAACGAGGAGAAGCAGGAGAACAUGGACCGCCGGACCAAGGUCACGCACGUCAUGAUUCGCUGUCAGGAUGGGAAAUAUGACGUGGGUGGAGGGGAGAGGUUUGACUCCCUGGCAGACCUGGUGGAGCACUACAAGAAGAACCCCAUGGUUGAGAAGAGUGGGAUUGUGGUGCACCUCAAACAGCCCUUCAACGCCACCAGGAUAAACGCAGCCAACAUUGAGAACAGGGUACGAGAGCUGAACAAAGUGGCCGACAGUUCGGAGAAGCCGAAACAAGGAUUCUGGGAGGAGUUUGAGGUGCUGCAACAGCAGGAAUGUAAGCUCCUGUACCCCAGGAAAGAGGGACAGAGGCCGGAGAACAAGAGCAAAAACAGAUACAAGAACAUCCUUCCCUUUGACACCACUCGGGUGGAGCUGAAGGACGUGGAGGCAGAGAAGCCUGGCUCUGACUACAUCAACGCCAACUACAUCCAUAGCUUGAAUGAGGAAGGGCACUGUGUGGACGAGGGCAAAGUGUUCAUCGCCACCCAGGGCUGCCUGCAGAACACCAUUGUGGACUUCUGGAAGAUGGUGUACCAGGAGAACACGCACGUCAUCGUCAUGACAACCAAGGAGAUGGAGCGGGGUCGGAACAAGUGUGUGCGCUACUGGCCAGACCUCAAGUGCACAAAGGAUUUUGGGAAAGUGAGGGUGAAGAACGUUGAGGAGCGGCCAGCACAGGACUACAUUCUGCGGGAGCUGGAGGUCACCCGGCUGGACAGGAGUGAUCCUCCCAGGUACAUCUGGCACUACCAGUACCUGAGCUGGCCUGACCACGGAGUCCCGAAUGAGCCCGGGGGAGUCCUGAGCUUCCUGGACCAGGUGAACCGGGCCCAGGGCGCCUUCUCCCAGGCCGGGCCCAUUGUGGUCCACUGCAGUGCAGGGAUUGGACGAACUGGAACCAUCAUCGUGAUAGACCUUCUCAUCGACAUCAUUAAUAGGCAAGGGCUGGACUGUGACAUCGACAUCCCCAAGACCAUCCAGAUGGUGCGUCGGCAGCGGUCGGGGAUGGUGCAGACGGAGGCCCAGUACAAGUUCAUCUACAUGGCGGUGCAGCAGUACAUCGACACUGCGCAGAAGAGGCUGGAGGAGGAGCAGAGGAAUAAGAUGAUGGAGAGAGAGUACUCCAACAUUAAGUAUCCCCCGGUGACAAACUCCAGGCAGACGACGAGCAUCACCAUCUCGCGGUCCUCUUCUUCCGUGACUGACGACUCUGCGUCCGUGUACGAGAACCUAAACAUCAAAAGCCCAAAGAAGUCUGGGAGCGUCAACAGCAGGAGAUAAGGGCCGUGGAUGCCCCCCCGUCUUUCCCCACUCCUCUCCCUGCAGCAGAAGCGUCGUUUGUCAACUGGACAGUGUGGUCUGCCGAGGACACGCCCCCUGGGGCUGAAGAUCUGAAGAUGCUAUGGAGAUGCCUGCUGAAAUGCUGAAGACUCCCACCACAGAAAAGUGUGUGGUGACCUCUUAGUCUUUCUCUCUCUCUCUCUCUCUCUCUCUCCCCCUUUCCCUCUCUCUCUCUCUCUCCCUCUAACUCUCCUUCUCUCACCCUCUCUCCUGUCUCUAUCUCAUGCCCUUACCAGCUUGCGUUCGCGUACAAAAGUGCCUCUUCCACAGCUGAGCCUGUAUAAGCUAAACUCUGUCCAAUCCACACUGACAUGAUCUGCCUCCCCUAGUUGUGUAAUAGGCUAACACAGAAAUGAUAAGAUUCAUGUAAUAGUGCAGAUAUUUAAAACAUAUUUAUUGUGUUACUGGAAAUAGGAAGCAAAGGGUUAUCCGCUGCUGUUCUGGCUACUGGAUGCAUCUACUUUAAUGUAACCAAAGACCUCUGUCUUAUUUGGUUUCAGUUUUCAUUGCGAUCAGGAGUGGUUCAGUGGGGUGGGCUGAUGUGUAUCAGGGCAAGUGUUUACCACGUAACACACCUGAGAGCAAAAAUGCUGACUGAUCACCAGAGCAGUUCCCGCUGUUCAGUCUUGUUGCCAGGAUAUUUUUCAGCAGGUGUCAGCAAGUUUGCCGUCAAAGCCAAUGACGUUGAAUAGUGCAAACUGAAAAUUGCUCUUCUAUUUCUAAAAAGUGAGAUAAAUGUAACGAAUGUGUGAAAUCUCACACUGCUCUGGUCAUCUGGUGCUCUCAUGCCACCUGGCCGAGCUUUUCCAGUGUGCUGUGCGGCCUACUUCCUGUCAGGACAGGAAGUUGUAAACUGCCUGAAGGCUGUCUCUGUGCCCACACCUAACUGCCUUUUCUCAUGCUGGACUGUCCGUGGGUUGAGGCUUUCCCUACCGCAGCAAACGACAACUAAACUAUAUAAAUGCAGUCCAUUUACCAUUUAAACUCGUGUACAUUUUUAUUAAGGCUUAUUCCACUGUUUCAACUUGUUUUCAUUUAGUUAUUUUACAACUCUCUUCACUUUUCCCCCAUUCAUUAUCUUCGAUGUGAAAAAGGUUUUUUUUUUCCAUUUUAUAUUCACAUUAGGGAUUUUUUUUUUUUUUUUUUUUUAAGUUUUUUGUUUUUUGGAAUAUCUAACUCCACAUCAAAGAGACUGAGUUGUUGUCCACAGUGCAGUGCAGUCGUCCGUGUCAUGGAAAUGAGAAAACAGAUGCUACACUCCGGUCCCCUUGCUAUUUUAGCCGUGAAAUCCAUAUAGUUCCUUUUGCAGCGAAGCCAACGAUAUGCAACAUAAAAAUAUACGAAGGGGAUGUGUGUGGCUGCGACGUUCAGUCCGCAUGACUGCGUUGGGUAGUAGGGCUUCAUUAAUGGUGGACAGUUGCAGUUGCAGUAGCUCACAGUGACCCUGUGGAAUCCUCCCGAUGAUGUCAUCUAAUUGGAAGGCUCGAUGUGGUCAAACAUCUGCCCACCAGGCUCAACACUAACCUCGGCUAGGCCUGUUACGUGUGCGGUCUCAACUGGAAAUAAAAAAAAAAAAAUCUCCAGUGCAACAUUGCCGCACCAGAUGGCCCCCCCAGUCCAGGAUUAUAGAGCAGAUUUGCGUAAGAAGUAAAAAAAAAAAAAAAAUUAAUUUGCCAGUAGGCCGUAAUCCAGACAUGAUGAGCGCAGGGGGAGGAGUAAGCAGACGUCACUGAUGAUGUCAGAAGGAAUUCGCUCUUCGCGGUGAUGUAGAGCACAACUGGAUUCGUCUGACUGCGGUUACGCAAGCCCCUCCCCCUCCCCAGAGUUUUUGAUUGAGGGGAUUUUUUGAUAUUCUCCCUCAGCUCAGGGGUAUGACGUCUGUUAGUUCAGCCUGUGAGAAGUAGACCGUAAUCCUCCUUCUGGCACCAGACGAUACUGUAACUGUGAUGUCACAGUACCAGCAGGCCAGGUGUGUGUACGGGGCAGGGGUACAGGACUCUGUGUGGAGCUGGGCUCAGAUUGACUCUGUGUUGUGGUCUUAAGGGAUCUGAUCUGUGAAGAGAGGUCGGUUUGGUGCCUGCCAUUUGCUGCUGGUGUGAAAUCCUAGUCUGCCACUACAGGUAUUUGUCAGGCAUACCAUAUGUCAUGUUCUUUCAUAUGCAGAUAGCUGCUUAGGAAUGCUGCUCAGAUCCAGUCCACGGUGCACUUUGUUUCAUUCUUUUGUUUUUGUUUUGUUUUUUUAUUGGCGAUUUAAACUUUUAAUUUUUUUUCCCCGUUCUGGCAGAAUAUUCUUCUUUAAGCCACCCCUGAACUCUUGACAAUGAAAAUAUAUCAGGGAGAAACCAACUCUUACUCUAACUCUCGCUACAUUAUUAUUAUUAUUGCACUCAAAAAAAGGACCAUGUACACCUCCGUCAGACGUUCAAUCAGGACUGAAUAAAUGUAGCCAAGAUCUGGAUUUGCUCUAGCAAGAAAUGUCAGUGUAACGUCUGACCGAUAUACACUAGUUUUGUAAACUGUAAACUGGUGAAGACCUGCCAGAGCAGUAUAUCAACCGGAUGCACCAAAUUCACAGGUGUAUCCAGUGUCCAUGUAGAAAGAACGUAAAGCACUCUUAAGUGAUGAAGUCAUCCUACCUGCAGUCUCCUUCCCAUCCUGUAAUUGAUUCACUAAAAUAUUUUAAUGGCAUAAUUUUCCAUCUCUGAGCUUGAAGGUCACUACGCUAAUUACUUUUAUUGUGUUACAACUUGCCUCUUUUUGAGGUCUGCUUUUCAAUACAUUAGAAUAGAUCAUUUACUGGGACUUAAAUACUUGAAAUAUGUUUUUAAACUGCUGAACCACAGCUUCAGUUUUUAAUCUACACUGUAGAUACCAGAAUGCCUGUAGGUUGUAAAAAAAAUUAUAACUUUUACUUGUCCACUAGCUGUAUGCUGUCCAUGUUUCAUUUUUAGCAUUUUUCUUGUUUUGCUGAAGUGUUUGUGUAUUGCAUUUUUUAAAUUGUAUGUCAUACAUUUUGUAUGCUGUAAGAAUGUUGUGAUUAUUAUUAUUAUUAUUAUUAUUGUUAUCAUCAAUCAUGCAUUGUGUAUUUAAGAAUUGUUUAAGAACCCAUAACUAAAAGAACCAACUUAAUUUAUUUAUGUUAAUUCAUUCAAAUUUACUUGAACAUUGCAGUAUGUUGAUAUUAUGUUUAUUUUUUUGUUUGAUUGAUUGUUUUUUUUAAAAUCCUUGUUCCUUUGUUGCAUUAUGCUUGAUUGGCGAUGUGGUGUACUGACUGUCCUCCUUUUUCAAUAUGAUGGUUCCCUCCUUGCACUGGUUUCGCUUGAACCGCCUUCUGUAAUGGAAGACAUGCAAUGGCUUUGUGGCACAAGUGACAAUGAAUAAUUAAAUGAGGAAAAAAAUAAAAUUUGAAUGAAAAUUUUAAAUAUAA